AUGCUGGUGAAUUUCAUCCAAGAGCAGCAUGGGAAUCCAUUUCGACGAGUUGGUUUGAGUGCCUUGUUGGAUGCAAUCGAUAAAUCACCGAAGCUGGAGAGUUGCGAUAUGCCACGGAAGGACGAGAGCGGAAAAAGCAGUCCGAGCGGAUUGGCGCCACCAGUGCGUGGAGACCAGGCGUCACUUAGGCGAGGAUUGUUUCGGAAACGAGAAAAGUCGUCGCACGACUCGGUGAUGAAAAGCGGUCAAGAAGAGGUAUCAGACGCCGAUUCGUCGCCGUCGACGCCUCGCACCGCUUCGUCGAUCGACGACGGCUUGUCACCGUUGGUCUCAGCCGCAAUGAUGAAGAAAAAGAGUGCUCCGAAAGCUGCACUUCGGUAUGCUCCGUUCAACCUGCUCAAGUCCAACAAAAGUGACAACAUGGACGAGGAGUGUUCAGAUUCGGAAACGGCUGAUGAAUUGAGUGAGAUCGAUUACCUCAGUGCAAGGAAGCCUACCAGUGAAUCCAUACGCGGGAAGCCUUCAAAGAAUCCUUUCGAUGCUCAAGGGAAUAUUCGCCUCUAUGGUUUAAUAGUGCCGGCGGCUCGGUCGUUGGACCAUAAGGGCAUUUUCGAAGGAGUUCGUCGGUUUGCGUUUCUAUUGGAGACGACUCGACCGGGAACAUUUCCAGACCCACCGCUUAUCGCCGCUCUUUUACAUCUGAUUGGAGAUCAAUUGACGCGAUUCAUCGAAGUCAAGGAGUCGAAAGAAAAGGCUGUACUCAAGAUGGAGGACUCGAUGGAGGAUUUUUUCGAUGAU